AUGGUGGCAGAUGAGGAUUUCUUAUUCCAAAAUCUUCAAUGUUCUGCAAUAUGUCUUGCGAAGAUGAAAAAUGUACCGGUAGAGAAAGUAUUGAAGAUUUUGCUUGACGGCGUGGGCGGAGAUGAGAAGCCGUUGAAUUAUAAUGCUCGAACGAAAUUGCUUGCAGCUGGGAUAUAUUUGUUAUAUGCCGAAGGACGACACAUGAAUGAUUUACUUCCAAUUCUCUUGGAGAUUUACCGAAGUUUGCCAAGGUUAAAAUGGAUUGAUGAUGGUGUUCCAAAUCGACAAGAUAAAGUACCAGUACAGGAGCAGUUCGCAGUGUGUUUCAAUACUAUUCUUAGUGAGCUUGCUUCAAAUUAUCCAGAUGUGCGUGACAUCAUUAUCUCAACACAGAUCGAAUUGCUUGUGGUCAUUUCUGAUAUAAUUAUGGAUAUUUGUGAUCAGGUGCAACCACAAUUCCAAACAAAAUGCUACCUUAUGCGAGUUAUUUGUUUGAUGAUUGGAUUACUCCGGGCAUUCGGACGAUAUAGCGGUAAUAAGGACCACCCAUUGAUUUCUGCUAUUUAUCCUCUACCAUUCAUGAUCACCAACACAGAUGCGUAUAAUAAUAAGAUAGAUGGAAGUAAUAGAGUGGAUACUCUUCGAUUAACCACCGAUUCUGAAAACAUCAUUUGGAAUGAUGCUAUCAAUGCAGAAAAGCAGGACCAGAAGGAACAUUUCCAGAAGAUGUUCUCCAAGCAUGCGAGCAGCUUUGUAUUGCCUCAUCUUUUCGGUAGCGGUCUUCCAAAAUUCAAAUUCACAAUUGCCGAAUUGAAUUCGUUCUCUAACAUUAUGGAACGGUUAUUGAGAAAGCCACUAUUGGAUAUCAUGGACGGAUAUGCUACUGACGUAUAUAUGGCUGGACAGAUCAAACGUUUCCCAUACAAAACGUUAUCGGAAUGUCUUUCACUGGUUUUUGUAACGGCCGCUAGAGAUGCUUAUGCACCGUAUAAUAUGUUAACGCUUGAAAAAUCAUUGACCCAAAAAUUUGCUCGAGAAGUGAAGACAUUUGCUGUAGAAUUAUAUUCGAAGGGAGAAGAUUUUUUGAAUGCGCAGAAAUUAAACGAGGAUGAACGAACAUGUCGUUGUCCACUUUUGAUUAAUCGAGUAAAAAUGAAUGUCCUUUGCAGCUCGGUUUGUCUUGAACUCAUGGUUUGGGCUACGUGUGAUGAAAUCGAUGCCGAGUCACUUCAUGCUACAAUAGCUAAUCGUCUUUGGCAGGUUCACGGACAUCGUCAUGCAUCAGCCAAAAUAUCUCUAACAAUGAUGGCUUUAGAAGCACUUGGCUCACUUGCCGUUAAAUUCCCGACAAUUGCUGCAACGCUGGCAGUUAACAGUCUUACCCAGUUCUUAGUUGAACCUUCACCUGUCCUCUCAAAAUUGGCUGCAGAUCUCGGUGUUAUGGAAAAGCGUAUUUUUAGUGAGAGAGAUAGGAAAGAUGGAGAAAUGAUAAAAAAGAAGCUAACUUUUGAAAGUUUAAGGAGAGUGGCAAUAAACUCGCUGUGCAGGACACUGAGAUCGGCCAUGAUAGUCGACAAUUCAUCUGUACAAGCUUGUCUAACGAAUAUCUCCUCCAAAUUGUUCUUGAUUGCUAACAAAGACUCAAAUUAUGGCACCGCUCUGGCUUUGGAAAAUGCAAUGCACAUUGUUGGCGGAAUUGGUGCUGCUUUGGUUGAUGUGGAAAAUGUCCCACAACUUGCUUUCAAUGUUUUUCAACAAGCUUUUACGGAAACACCCACGAAUCAUGAUGUUAUUAUAGCAGAAUUGGCCAAUAUGUGGAUAGCUGGCGCGCGUGACAUAUACGAUCUAAUUUGGCUGAUGUUCACAAAAAUAACGAUUGAAUCGAGUAGUCGAGCUUAUGACGCUGACACUACUGAUGGUGUGGAGCAUCGUUAUGCAUAUCUAUCCUUGGCAGUUGACAAUGCAAUGGCUAAAAUGGCAGAGAAUGUAAAUCGUGAUGAAGACAAAAUGAUACUAUUAUACCGCCUUUUGGAACUUUUUGUGCAACUGGGACAUGAAGGAAGGAAAGCUGGUGAAAAAUUGACAAGAGUCAUGAAGCUUUCAACUGGUGCUGGGAACUUAGGUGUUUUGAUUCCAAAGAUUGCUUCUCUGUUGCGCAGGUCUGCGACAAUAAAGAAUCCACCAGUUCGACUGCGAAAUUUGUUCCGCGACUUUUGGUUCUGUUGUACAGUGCUUGGAUUUAAUGUCGCCCGGAUAGGUCUUUGGCCAGAAGAGUGGUUUGAAGCUGCUUGUGAGAUUGCUUGUAAGUCUCCUGUACUCACACCUCAAGAGAGUCUGCGUGCUGAACUUGUUGCAAAUGCUACAAUCAAAAGCGGCAAUGUGUUGUCGGUUUGUUUCAAAUGUAAACUCAAUAUUGCAGAAUUGCAGGAAAUCAGAGUAACUAUUUUGUCCGAAAUUUCCCCUUCUCCCGAAGUAAUCGUGGUCGUCAAUAAAUUGGAAUUUACCCACUGUAUUUAUCUCUUGUCGGUAUUCCGCAUGGAGCUCAUGCGUGCACUGCAUUCUACAGAACCAGGAGCAGUCCAUUCAAUAUUUCAAUAUCUUGAAGACAAAUCUAUAAGAAAAGACAAAGAUGGGAUUUGGACAUGCCUUCUUGCGGUAGCAAGAACCAUCUUCAGUAAAUAUUUGGAGGUCGCCAGUGAUCGAAAUUUAGAUUCGGAUCACGAACGUCAGCUUGAAUUGCAUGCUCAGUUUCUGCUUAUCAUGUUCAACCAUCAUCUAAAAGAGGUGAGGAAAUGCGCAGAUACUUGUCUUACCAAUUUAAUUGGCAGAUUUCCACAUUUGCUUUGGAAUGGCAACGUUAUUAAUGUUGCGCUACAAGUACUGGAAGCACUUUCAAACAAUCUCGAAAAUGACACCGAUUGCAAAAUAAUGACGUUGUCUUUUCCAUCUUUGCAUCGAACUAUACAACUUCAGGACACCCUGGAUCGAAGGAGAUUAGUGGUACAUGACUUCUCUUUGCGCUGUGAACAAAUUCUUCAGGAGGCAAUCAAAUGGGCACCAGGCAGUACUCGGAGCUAUUUUGUUAAAUAUAUUGCGAGUAUUAAUCCUGGCUGUUCUGGCAAUUUCCGUUUGACAGUGGAAGCUAUACUAAAAAGUCUAAACAAUGCAUCUGGUACAAAUGAUACCAGCUCAUCGCUUUGUCUUUCUGCCUUACAUUUAAGGUCGUUAUAUCUUGGCAAGGUGAAGGGCAUGAUAGAGACAUCCAAAACUGAAGAAGAGACCAAACCACAAGAGGAACUUGCUGAUUUAUUUGAACAACAACUGGAAAAAGCUUGUGCAAAUGAAUAUGAUGAAGAAAUAUCCGAAUCUAUAUUGAAAUUAGCAGCUCUUUUAAUUUUAAUGAAAGGAGUGUCUAAUCAAAAGUUGGAUAGCCGUCUGUUACAUAUUCUUGUCUUUAUACCACUCAAAAAUUUCACUGCUUCAACAAUGCGCGUUUGUGUAAUCGUAUGGAACUGGAUCCUUGUUGCUCGAGAAGAAAUCCAGCUUCAGUUCCUUCGAGAAAUGGCGACAUGUUGGACAAAUACGGCACAAGAUCAUCUAGGUAUCUUCCAACAUGAUUCCGAGAUUAUUUCUCCUUUAAGCUUGCAAUGUUGCACAUCGCCGAAGCGACCUGAUGUUCUCCCACACAGCAUAUGGAUUUCUUUUUUGGUAGAAAGAGUGGAUAUUGCUAAAUAUUCAAGCAGAGAACAAUUGGAUAUUUUGGAAUUGAUGUUUGCUCAGACACUUCCAUUGAACGUGGGUCGCCUAAGAGCAGAUGUUAAUUUCUGGUCAUGUAUUUCUUCCGAUUCGAGUCUUCAUAAAGUCGAUCUAGCUCAUGUUACAAUGACCAGAAAUGUUGAGGCGAUUGGACUACGAUCUCGUUUUCUUAAUUGCGUACUUUCCAUGAUACAGCGUGAUUCGAUAUCAUUUCAUAUUUCCAAAAAUAUCUUGCGACAGCGUGUAUAUUGUACAAUGUUGGAUUACUUUUCUGUUGCUGCUCAAACUCCAACACAGAAUACAGCGCAGUUAAAGAAUGAUAUACGAUUACUGAUCAUGUUUUGGAAUACUCUUUUUUCGGAUGUGAAAUAUAUCAAGAAGGAAGUAUUUGCUAGCAUUGACACUGAACUCAACUUGGGAUCUUUCCAGCAAAUUUUAAAUGAUAACUACAAAUCCGACACUGCGUAUAAUCGUGCUGACAUUCAAACCCGUCAUGCAAUGACAACCGGUAGUUCCAACUGGGUAACGCUUGUAGCUGCACAGGGCAAAGGUGGUUCACUGCAGAAGAAUACACUUAGUAUCGAUCCUAAUCGAUCCAAUCCAAACAAACAUGCAGAACAGCAGAUAAAACUCUACAAUCGCUAUCGGAAUUUGGUUUUGAUAUUUGUCGCAAAUGAAAUCGAACGUUUAAGUGCAUGGUCAAACCCCUUGGGUGAAACUCUGGGUUUGGAAGAUGCAAACAUUGAACAAUGGCGAAAAUCAACAUUUCCUGAUGCAAGAACAGAAGCUAAGCUUCUGCGGGAAAAUGUCAAAAUUGCUUGGCAGAUUUGCCCCGAUCUGGCAGUGUAUAUGCCAUCAAGGCAAGUAAUAUUUCGUUCUUGUUCUGCUUGUCAGACGGCUGUCCAAGAACUACUUUUGGACUCGCCGGAAUUAGUAACCGACUUGCCCGAAGCUCUUUCUUUGUUGCUGGGAGAAGGAAGGAUUCUUGAAGAAAAAAUAGAGGACUUGAAAACAUUAAGUCACAUUUUAACAUGGGCGGUAUGUGACCCAGUGAUGGCUUUAUCGUUGCUCGGUGCACGGCAGUAUCCGACGCAUCCCAUUACAGUGCAGUAUGCUGUGCGCGUAUUGAGAUCAUAUCCACCAGAUGUACUUCUGCUGUAUAUUCCACAACUUGUUCAAGCCUUGCGACAUGAUACGAUGGGUUAUGUUGCUGAGCUAAUUUUGUGGUUGGCUGGUCGUUCGCAACUUUUGGCUCAUCAAUUACUAUGGAACAUGCAAGCAAAUAUGUACAGGGAUGAAGAUUCAAAAGAAAAGGAUCCCGAUUUACAUGGACCCUUAAGAGAAUUGAUGAGCAAGAUAAUAUCAAAUAUGGAAGGAGCUGCACGAAAAUUUUACGAUAGCGAGUUCAAUUUAUUCAAGCUCAUCACUGACAUAUCAGGGAAAAUAAGACUAUUUCCAAAGGGCGAAGCUAGGAAAAAGGCCUGUCUAGCUUCGCUUGCUGAGAUACAUCUAAAGACGGUAGCUUAUCUUCCUUCUAAUCCAGAAGCAGUGAUUCUCGAUAUAGAUUACAAAAGUGGAACUCCAAUGCAGAGUGCCGCAAAAGCGCCUUUUCUGGUGCGAUUCAAGAUUCUCCAUUGUGGUAUUCAAAAAUUAGAACGAUUAGGAAUCGCUGCACAUCAACGAAAACACACCUCGGAAACAGAUACUCGAUUUCUUCCAGGAUCAGAAGAUAGUCCUGUCUGCUGGCAAUCAGCUAUCUUUAAAGUUGGCGACGAUGUGCGUCAGGAUAUGUUGGCGCUACAAUUGAUGAGCCUGAUGCGUAACAUUUUUAAUUCUGUGGACUUAGACAUUCGCCUAUUUCCGUACAGAGUUGUAGCCACUGCGCCUGGCUGUGGGGUAAUUGAAUGUGUUCCAAAUUCGAAAUCAAGGGAUCAGUUAGGACGGCAGACUGAUUUUGGACUGUAUGAAUACUUUCUGACAACAUAUGGUGAUGAAAACACUGAAACAUUGCAACUUGCAAGACGAAAUUUCAUUCGAAGCAUGGCAGCAUAUAGCGUAUUUAGUUUCUUGCUGCAGAUCAAAGAUCGACAUAACGGAAAUAUUAUGAUCGACAGUGAUGGCCAUAUUGUCCAUAUUGAUUUUGGCUUUAUGUUUGAGAGCAGUCCGGGAGGAAAUCUUGGGUUUGAACCAGAUUUUAAACUUUCUCAAGAAAUGGUAGCAAUUAUGGGUGGCAAAAUGGAAGCACCAAGUUUUCGAUUAUUUGCUUCACUUUGUGUCCAGGCAUAUCUGGCUGUCCGACCGUAUUAUAAAGCCUUCAUUGCUUUAGUUUCACUGAUGUUGGAUACACAUCUUCCGUGUUUCCGUGGAAAAACAAUACAGCAAUUCCGAGAUCGUUUUGCACCACAGUUGUCCGAUCGUGAUGCAGCAAAAUAUAUGAUGAGUAUAAUACGUAAUUGUUUCUUGAACGUACGAAGCAAAAUGUACGAUCAAUUGCAAUACAUCCAGAAUGAGAUACCAUAUUAA